AUGGUACUCAAACUCACGGACCUAACGCUGUUAUCAGUAUGGUAGACUGGGUGAUAGAAAGGGACCAUGCGGAGGGACCAACAAUUUCACUACAUGCCGAUAAUUGCCCAGGACAGAAUAAAAACUACUAUAUGCUGGGAUAUUUAAUGUGGCGUGUUCUGUCUGGACGUCAGGAGAAGAUAGAGUAUAUGAUGCAGAUACCUGGUCACGCUCGCUGCCAUGUUGAUGCUGGCUUUGCCCGCAUAAAACAACUUUACCGCAGGACAGACACGGAUGCUCUUGGCCAACUUACGGAAGUUGUAAAUCAAUCAUCAUCUACAAGCCAGUGUAUCUGGUACCCUACAUGGACAUGGCGAGAAAACGUACUUUAA